UGGUCUACAAAGUUCCAGGACAGCCAGAGCUAAACAGUGAAACCCUGUCUUGAAAAACACAAUUAGAGCCAGUUGUACAAAUCAUGUAUUUCCCCAUGAGACGGGCCCGCCUGUUCAUAAGGAGUCAUCUCCAGGUCUUCUGGCCAAGGCCCUGCCACACAGGCCUGGGACAGGGUGAAUGGAAGAUGGAAGGGACAGGUGUCCACUCUGGGAGAGCAAAGCAAAAACUGGACAUAACAUUGCAUAGAUGUUCCAAUAGAAGGGAGCUUGAGGGAAAUACUCGGGAAGACCUGGGGGGUGGGGGUGGGGGGAAUCACUGUGUUCAGGGACAGCAGGCUUGGCAGGACAAUGACUCCAGGAAAUGGGGGGACCAGGACCCUGCUGGGGAGUAUGGAUUCCUGUUGGCAUCUGGAACUCACAGAGAACUGGCCGGGAUGUUUGCCCUUGCAUGCUCACUUUGAAAAGUGGAAGAGUGUCCAUGACCGUUUCUGGUGGGGAUGAGGGUAGACCAUGGCGGCAGGAGGCCCACUGAGGCAGGUGAGAGCAGGAACUAAGCUGUGGUCUAAAGGGAGGGACCAAGUCUGGCAGGAAAAAGCUGCACCAGAGGUUGCAAUAGAGAGAGUGGAGGGACUCAGAGGCUGAUGGACUGGGAGAGGGACAGAGAGGAGUUGGGGGCUGAAGGAACCUUCUUUUUUAGUGAGGGCAAAAGUUGAUCUUUGAGGUAGCCUGGGGAGUGCUCCCUGGGGUAACUACCCACCCGCUUCUGGGGCCUCCAUCUGGGCCUGGGACCAGGCUCCGGGUCCUCCCAGACCCUCUUUCCAUUCCCCUGUUUCACUCAGCUACAAAGCACAGAAAGAGUCCCAAGGCAGCAAGGUGGGACCUGUACUCCAGAGGACUCUCGGGGUGGGUGCCACUCCUUCGAGGUGACAGGGGACGCGCAGUGGGCUUCCCUUGGCUGGCCUCCAGCCUUUCUCUGCCGUCGCCUCGGGGUGUCUCUGCCUCCCUGCGAGCGGGGAAGCAAGGAGGGGAGCGGGCGGCGGCCGCGCCAAGAAGCGCCGGGUCACGGCAGGCUGAGGCGCCCGCCGUCCCCGCCCUCCCCCUCGCUCGCCUUCGCCUCCUCCUCCCGCCUCCCUCGCCGGCUCGCUAGCUCGCUCCUUCGCUCUCCCCGCCUUCCCUCCGCGCUCCCCGCCCUCUCCUGCGCCUCGCCUCCUCCGCCCCGCGCCCUGCGGUGCUGCAGCUGCGGGCGGCUCCAGCUGCCCCCAGAUGUGGGCUGGGCGGCGCGCGGGGAACUUUCGCGCCGGCUGCGAGUGCGGGGCACCGGCUGCGGUCGGGCUGCCAUGGAUCCGCCGGCGGGAGCCGCUCGCCGCCUGCUCUGCCCCGCUCUGCUGCUGCUGCUGCUGCUGCCGCCGCCGCCGCCACUCCUGCUGCUGCCGCCGCCACCCGCGAGCGCCCGGCUCGCCGCCGCUACCGAGCCCCCAGGCGGGCCCCCGGGGCACGGAGCCGAGCGCAUCCUGGCGGUGCCGGUGCGCACUGACGCCCAGGGCCGCUUGGUGUCCCACGUGGUGUCUUCGGAGACCGCCCGGGCGGGGGUACGAGCCCGCAGAGCCGCCCCGGUCCAGACCUCAGGCUUGCCCGGAGGCGACGUGCAGGACCCUAGAGGCCGCCUCUUCUACAACCUCACGGUCUUCGGCCGAGACCUGCACCUGCGGCUGCGGCCCAACGCUCGCCUCGUGGCUCCGGGGGCCACCGUGGAGUGGCAGGGUGAGACCGGUGACACCCGGGUGGAGCCCCUGCUUGGGACCUGUCUCUACGUUGGAGACGUGGCUGGCUUAGCUAAAGCCUCCUCGGUGGCGCUCAGUAACUGUGAUGGACUGGCAGGUCUGAUCCGGAUGGAGGAGGAGGAGUUCUUUAUUGAGCCCCUGGAGAGGGGGCAGACGGAUCAGGAGGCUGAGCAAGGCCGAGUGCACGUGGUGUAUCGCCGUCCACCCACUCCCAAACCCCCUCCUCUGGCGGGACCCCAGGUUCUGGACACAGGAGCCUCCCGGGGCAGCCUGGAAAGCCUCAGCAGAGCCCUGGGCAUCCUGGAGGAGCGCAUCAACAGCUCACGGCGGAGGGUGCGCAGGCAUGCUACCGACGAUGACUACAACAUCGAGGUCCUGCUGGGCGUGGAUGACUCAGUGGUCCAGUUCCAUGGGAAGGAGCAUGUGCAGAAGUACCUGCUGACACUCAUGAACAUUGUCAAUGAAAUCUACCAUGACGAGUCACUGGGGGCCCACAUCAACGUUGUGCUGGUGAGGAUUAUCCUGCUGAGCCAUGCCAAGUCCAUGAGCCUCAUUGAAAUUGGGAACCCCUCUCAGAGUCUGGAGAAUGUCUGUCGCUGGGCCUACCUCCAGCAGAAGCCGGACACAGACCACGAUGAGUACCACGACCAUGCCAUCUUCCUUACACGGCAGGACUUCGGGCCCUCCGGCAUGCAAGGGUAUGCUCCUGUCACUGGGAUGUGCCACCCUGUCCGCAGCUGCACCCUGAACCAUGAAGAUGGCUUCUCCUCGGCAUUUGUGGUGGCUCAUGAGACCGGCCAUGUGCUGGGCAUGGAGCAUGACGGGCAGGGUAACCGUUGCGGUGACGAGGUGCGGCUGGGCAGCAUCAUGGCGCCCUUGGUACAGGCUGCCUUCCAUCGAUUCCACUGGUCCCGCUGCAGCCAGCAGGAGCUCGGCCGCUACCUGCAUUCCUAUGACUGCCUGCGUGACGAUCCCUUCGCCCAUGACUGGCCGGCAUUGCCUCAGCUCCCAGGGCUGCACUAUUCCAUGAACGAGCAGUGCCGCUUCGACUUUGGCCUGGGCUACAUGAUGUGCACUGCGUUCCGGACCUUUGACCCCUGCAAACAGCUAUGGUGCAGCCACCCUGACAACCCUUACUUUUGUAAGACAAAGAAAGGCCCCCCACUGGAUGGGACUAUGUGCGCACCUGGCAAGCAUUGCUUUAAAGGUCACUGCAUCUGGCUGACACCGGAUAUCCUCAAACGAGAUGGCAACUGGGGCGCCUGGACUCCGUUCGGCUCCUGCUCACGCACCUGCGGCACGGGCGUCAAGUUCAGGACCCGCCAGUGUGACAACCCACACCCAGCCAACGGGGGCCGCACCUGCUCCGGCCUGGCCUACGACUUCCAGCUCUGCAAUCCCCAGGACUGCCCCAACUCCCUGGCUGACUUCCGGGAGGAGCAGUGCCGGCAGUGGGACCUGUACUUUGAGCACGGCGACGGCCAGCACCACUGGCUGCCCCAUGAACACCGGGAUGCCAAGGAGAGAUGCCACCUCUACUGUGAGUCUAAGGAGACAGGGGAGGUGGUGUCCAUGAAGCGCAUGGUGCAUGAUGGGACACGCUGCUCCUAUAAGGAUGCCUUCAGCCUCUGUGUGCGUGGGGACUGCAGGAAAGUGGGCUGUGAUGGGGUGAUCGGUUCCCGCAAGCAGGAAGACAAGUGUGGAGUGUGUGGAGGCGACAACACCCACUGUAAGGUGGUGAAGGGCACGUUCACGAGGUCACCCAGGAAGCAAGAGUACGUCAAGAUGUUUGAGAUCCCCGCUGGAGCCAGACACCUGCUCAUCCAGGAGGCCGACACCACCAGCCACCAUCUGUCCGUCAAGAACCUGGAGACAGGCAAGUUCAUCUUAAAUGAGGAGAACCACCUGGACCCCAAUUCUCGAUCCUUCAUUGCCAUGGGUGUGGAGUGGGAAUACAGGAAUGAGGAUGAGAGGGAGACGCUGCAGACCAUGGGCCCACUCCACGGAACCAUCACUGUCCUGGUUAUCCCCGAAGGAGACAGUCGGAUCUCACUGACAUACAAAUACAUGAUCCACGAGGACUCGCUCAAUGUCGACGACAACAAUGUCCUGGAAGAUGACUCUCUGCGCCACGAGUGGGCCCUGAAAAAGUGGUCUCCCUGCUCCAAGCCCUGCGGAGGAGGGUCCCAGUUCACUAAGUACGGCUGCCGCCGGAGGCUGGACAGCAAGAUGGUACACCGAGCCUUCUGCAGCGCCCUGGCCAAGCCCAAAGCCAUCCGCCGAGCUUGCAACCCUCAGGAAUGCUCCCAGCCUGUGUGGGUCACCGGUGAAUGGGAGCCUUGUAGUCAGAGCUGUGGGCGAACCGGCAUGCAAGUGCGCUCCGUACGCUGCAUUCAGCCCCUGCACAACAACACCACCCGCUCCGUGCACACCAAACACUGCAAUGACCACCGUCCUGAGAGCCGCAGGGCCUGCAACCGUGAGCUCUGCCCUGGGCGGUGGCGGGCUGGGUCCUGGUCCCAGUGUUCGGUAACCUGUGGCAAUGGCACCCAGGAACGGCCAGUACUCUGCCGCACCGCCGAUGAUAAUUUUGGUGUCUGCCGGGAGGAGCGGCCUGAGACAGCAAGGAUCUGCAGGCUUGCACCCUGUCCCCGAAACAUCUCGGAUCCCUCCAAGAAGAGUUACGUGGUUCAGUGGCUGUCCCGGCCUGACCCUGACUCACCCAUCCAGAAGAUCUCGUCAAAGGGCCAGUGCCAAGGCGACAAGUCAAUGUUCUGUAGGAUGGAAGUCUUGUCUCGCUAUUGCUCCAUCCCCAGCUACAACAAGCUCUGCUGCAAGUCCUGCAACCCACCCCACAACCUCAGCAGCACGCAGGACGCAGGUGGGGAACCUCCACCCGGGAAGCACAAUGACAUCGAGGUGUUCAUGCCCACACUCCCGGGGCCCACUGUCGCUACGCAGGCUCAGCCUUCGUCAGGGCCUCCCUUGGAGGUCCCCCUCAAUGCCUCCAGCAUCAAUGCCACUGAGGAUCACCCAGAAACCAAUGCUGUGGAUGUCCCCUACAAGAUCCAUGGUGUGGAUGAAGAGGUCCAGUCUCCCAACCUGAUCCCGCGACGACCGAGCCCAUAUGUGAAGACGAGGAACCAAAGGAUCCAGGAGCUCAUUAAUGCAGUGCAGAAAAAAGAGAAGGCCGGAAGGUUCUAAUAAAAUGGAAAGAUUCGCAUCAACAGCUUUUUCCCCUUGCUUAUAGAUAUGUUCCAUGGGAUGGUAAAUCCUGUGCUGUGGGAGACAAAGCCCAAAUUCCUGCUUCC